UGUUUUCCAUGGCUAAACUUGUCUAUAAAUUGAAAGGAUCUACUACGCUCUCUCCAACCCAAAAGCCGUUUAUCAUUUUAAUUUCCAUCAACAUGGCAAAACCUGUCCUUGUUUUUCUCUGUUUGCUUUACUUUUCAAGCACAGCAAGAUCUGCUUCCCCUGCAAAGUCCAGCGCUAGUGCCGCAAAUUUCAUCAAGGCCUCUUGUAAAACCACCACUUAUCCUGCACUAUGUGUCCAAUCUCUCUUAGCUUAUGCCACAUCCAUCCAGCAAAACCCACGCCAACUGGCGGAGAAUGCCUUGUCAGUGAGCCUGGCGAGCGCUCAGUCCACCAAGACAUUCAUCUAUAAGUUGACAAAGCUCAACGGAGUGAAGGCCAGAGAAAUGGAAGCCAUUAAGGACUGUUUAGUGGAGGUUGAUGACACUGCGGAUAGGCUUAGCAAGUCGCUUAAAGAGUUCAAGAACAUGGGUCAGAACAAGGACGAUAAGGACUUCCAAUGGCACAUGAGCAAUGUGGAGACUUGGGUUAGCGCUGCUUUGACAGAUGAGAACACUUGUGUUGAUGGGUUUGCUGGUAAGGCCUUGAAUGGGAAGUUGAAGUCUUCGAUUAAAGCAAGAAUUGUAAAUGUUGCUCAGGUGACUAGCAACGCACUUGCUUUGAUUAACAAGUUUGCCUCCAACUCCUAAUUGAUUAAGUUAAUAUAUAUGGCUAAUGUUGUUGCGCGUUCUUAAAAACACCAGCUUCCAUUUUUUUUUUAUGUGUGUGUAACAUGAUCUAGUUUUAAUGUGUGUGAGGCUAUAUAUAUAUAUAUAUAUAUAUAUAUAUAUAUAUAUUUGAGUUUUUGAAUGCUCUAUGGCGCUUUGGACUGCAUUUUUUUCUUGGCUUUUCUGCUCUCGAUGACAAUGUCUGCUCUGCUGGCUUCUAUCAUUAUGGUCUUUUCUAAGUAAAUGCUAUUUCUUGUUUUU